AUGAAUUUGAACAAAGAAAGAAAAAAAAAAAUAAAUGAGGGAAAUAACAAUGAUAAAUUAUUUUUUAAGCUAUAUGAAUAUGUAGCUAAAAUCAACAAUUUUUGUAUUGAUAUAAAUAAUGAAAAAGUAGGAAGUAAAAUAAAAUGUGUUAGUAAAAAUAGGAAAUUUAAUUACAAAAAUGAAGCAGCUAAUGCUCAAUUAGAAAUUAGUGAUAAUAUUGAUAAAACGAAUAUUAAUAUAUUAAUGAAAAAUAAAAAAAAACAAUUAAAUAAAAUCAUAUAUGAAAAUGAGUCUUAUAAUUUUAUAGGUAAUGAAUCAGAUGAUGGAAAUGAAUCAUUUGAUGAAGAUGAAAAAUCUUCACAUAGUUUUCUUGAUAAUGAAUCAUACAAUGAAAAUGAAAACGAAGAUGAAAAUGAAAAUGAAAAUGUAAGUGAAUCACCUAUUUUUAUUAAUAGUCAAUUAAAAAAAAUGCAAGAAAAAAAAUGCAAUUAUAAACACAUGGAAGAAUGUGCUUGUAAUGCGACUGAACAGUGUUCAACCCACAUAAAUAAUAAUAUAAAAGAUAACAAUUCAAAUUACGAUAUACAUAACUCACAAAUUUUAAAAAAUAAAAAUAAUAAAAUAUAUGAAGAAAAUAAUUUAAAUGAAAAUGAAAAAAAAAGAAAGGAAAAUAGUUCAGAUAAAAAUAUUGGCAUUUAUAAAGAAAUUGAAAAUUACUAUUUCAUUUAUAAACUGAAUAGAAAAAUUGAGGAACAUAAAAGUGUAAAUGAAAUUAAAAUUCUAAAAAAGGAAAGAACUUUAAUUUUAUCAGAAAUUAUUAAAAAAAUUGAAAAAAUUUUGAGUUAUUACAAAGAAAUUAAAAAUGAAUUACAUAUGCUAAUAAAAAAUAAACAGUUUAUAUAUAAAACUUUCUAUUUCAUUUUUUUACAUUAUUACUAUGAUUAUACAGAAGUGAAAUUAAUGAAAAUGAAUAAAAAUAAAAUAGAAAGAUACUUGAAGUAUUAUACAAACACCGAAAAUUUUGAAAUUAUUUUAAACAAUAUAGAAAAAAAUGAAUAUGCUUACUUCAUAGAUAUUUAUAGUAACUCCAUUAAUAAUGAUAAAAAUGAUAGUUUAGAUAAAAUUUAUAAUAAAAAAAGUGAAAUAAAAAAGAAUGAUGAAGAUGAAUAUGAAGAAGAGGUGAUAGAUGAUCAAGAUGAUGAAUCAGAAACUGAAGAAGAUGAAACGGAAAAUGAAAAGUAUGAUGAUAUGGAAAAUGAAGAAAUUUUUGAAUCCAAUGAGGAGAAAUUAGAAGGUAAAGAUAAUGAAGACAUUUCAAGUACAGAUAUAGAAGUUCCUAUAUAUUUUGAUAAAGUUUCGGAUGAAAACGAAAAAAUAAAAGAGAAAAAGAAAAAAAGAUGCUCAAAAUACGAAAUAUUUGGCAAUAAUAUACCAACUAAUACAUACUUUUUAGAUUAUUUUACUAAACAAAUUUGCAAGAAUAGACAAAUAAAUUACACAAAUAAUAUAAAUAACAAAAACUUAAAAAAAGAGCUAUACCAACAUUUAUUAAGAAAAAAAAAAAAAAAUAAAACAAAAACAAAAAAAUUAUAUAGAAAGAAUGAAAUUUAUUAUAUGCUCCAGUUCUCAGAAAAAGCUAUAAAUUUUUUUAAUAAGAAUUGUAGUUAUUUUAAUUCAAAAUCAAAAGUUACUAAAUAUCAGUCUAUUAUUAAAAGAAUUUUAAAUUACAUUAAAAAAUUAUUCAGAGAUGUUUUAAACAACACUGAUUUAAAUAUUCUUAAUAAUAAAGACAACAAAAAUCGUUUGUAUACUAGUAUUUAUGAAAUAAAAAAUUCAAGUUACAACAAAAAAUUUAAAAAUGAAUAUUGGACAGACAAUAAUAUAAAUAAAUAUUUUAGUGCAAGCAAUAAUGAUAUAAAUGUAAAUUGUAAAGCAAAUACAUUAAUAUAUAAAAAUAAAAAUGUUAUAAAUGAAAAUGACAUAGACAUAAGCAGUAAUCAAAUAUUUAAAAUUGAAAAUACAAUAAAUGAAAAUAAUAAUGAAGCACAUAACAAUCUUCAUACAAGCAACAUAUAUGAUAGUAAUAAUAUAAAUAAAAAUAUUAUAAAUGAAUAUAAUCCAUUUAGGGAUAAUAAAACAAAUGAGAAUAUAAAUAAUUUUUCAAGCAUCAAUAAUUUAAUUAAAGACAAAAGCUUAAUGCUAACAAAUGAUGAAAACGAAAUUAAUAAAAUAUAUAACAAUCUGAAUAUAAUAUAUUUUAAUAAAUAUGUAGAUGAAUUUGAAUAUUAUAAAAAAUACAAAAUUAAAUGCAAGUGCAUGAGAGACAUAUUAAAUUUUAUUUAUAAAAAAUCAUUAAUAGACGAAAAUAAUAUAUAUAUAGAUGAAUAUAACUCUAUAGAAAGUUUUUAUGUCAGUACAAGAAUAAAAAUAUUAAAUAAUAAUAUUUUAAGAAAUUUUGAUUAUUUUUCUAACAAAGAUAUUUGCAAAUAUAUAAAAAAUGUUUGUUUAUUAGCUAUAUAUAUUUCAAAAUUGGAAUCAGAUUUAUUUUUUUAUAUAUUCAAUAAUAAUCUUAAUUCUUCUAUUGAUAUUAUUUUAAAUAAUAUUGGUGUAUCUGUAUAUGACAAUAUUAAUGAGAAUAUCUAUGAAUUAAAUAAUAUUCAAGUUAUUAGAAAAAUAAUUCAAAUUAUCUAUGUAGAUGUUAUUGAAACAUAUAAUGAUAACUCAUAUAGAAUUAUAUGUGAUUAUUUAAGAAAAAUAUGUAAAGCCUUAAAAGAGAGGCUAUUAUAUAUAAUAGAAAUGUAUAUCUCUUAUUAUACAAAAAAUAUUUCUAAAAAGAUACCAUAUAUAUGUUUUCAACCAAUAAAAAAAAAAUUUAUUAAUAUAAUUAAUGAUUUUUUAUAUGAAGAAUAUUCAUGUAUUCAUAAUAAUGAAAAAAAAACAAAAGAAAAUAAAAAAGAUGUGCAUCACAUGAAUACUCAAAAAAUAAACGAUCUUACUUGUUCUCAUAACAGUGUAUAUUAUAAUGAAAAUCCAUUAGGAAAAGAAAAGAGAUAUGAUCACAUAGAAGAUGAUAAACACACUGAAAAUAAUAAUAAAAAUAUAAAUAUUGACAAUAAUGCAUGUAACAUUGACUAUUCUAGUGACAGUAUAGAGAGUGAGAAUAACCAUAAAGAACACGAAUGUAAUAUAAACUUAUUAAAUGAAAAAAAUGUUUAUAAACCAUUUUCUUUUUAUGAUUUUCAAUUUAAUAAAGAUACGAAAUUUUGUUUAAGAGGAAUAGAUAUGAAUAUAAUUGGGUCAAUUAUAAUUUUAAAAACAAUUAAUUUUAUAAUUGAAGAAGAAACUUAUAUUGAUCUAUUUAAGGAGUGCUUAGAUAACACUUUUAACUCUUUAUAUUAUAUGUAUAAACAGCAUAUAAAAGAAUACAAUGAUAUAUUUAAUGGGAGUUUAUUUUUAUUAAAAAAUUUAAGUUUUUUACUUUAUUUAUUUUAUAAAAUUACAAAAGAUAAGGACUUUUUAAAUUUAUACUUAGAUAAGGAAUUAACACAAAAUUUAUUAUUUCAAGAAAAAGGGAAAAGAAACUAUAAUGAUAAAAUAUCAAUAGAAAAUGAAAAAUCUAUUCUUUAUUUUAUUAAAAAAGUUUAUAAUGUAUCAUCUAACAGUGAUAUACAAAAUAAAAUUCUAACUCUGUUUAAUGAAAGCAUAUAUAAUUUUACAAUUACAACAAUUUCUAAUGUGUGCUUUCCUUUAAUUAAAAUACUAUCAAGUGAAUAUAAAGAAAACAUUUUAGAAAAAGAAGAGAAUAUAAAAAAAGUUGUACAUAAUUUUAUUAAUGAGAAAAAAAAUAAAGAAGAAAAUGAAGAUUAUAACUAUAUGAAAGUAAAUUUUUCAUUUUUGAAUGAAAUAAAUUUUAAAAUGUUAGACAAAUAUGCAGAAAAAAUAAUAUAUGAAAAUAGAGAAACUUUAAAUAGUAAAAAUAAAGAAGCUAUUAAAAAUAGUUUACAAUUAUUUCGUCAAAAAAUAUAUUUUUUAUUUCCAAAGAUAUAUUUUUAUGUUAAAUUGUUUAUUUGUUCAAAUACUGACCAAUAUAAUGAAAAUAAUUUUUUUUAUUAUUUAUUUAAUUAUAUUAUAGGUAUUUUAAAAUAUAAAAUAAUUUAUCUUUUAAGUGAAGUUUAUAUAAUAUUAAGAUGUAAAUAUGCUGAUGAUGUCAGAAACAUUUUUGAGGAAAAUUAUAUUAAUGAUUUAUAUCUUUUUUUAAAUUCUAAUGAGCAAUAUAUUUGUGUUUUUUCAGAUAUACAUCAAUAUUAUGAUUUAAACAAAAAUUAUAAUUUUCUAUGUGAAUAA